AUGAGGCGAAUCUUUGGUACAUCGGGGAAAAAGGAGCCACAGCCAACGCUGACCGAUGCAAUAGCGAACAUUGAUUCACGUACCGAGAGCAUUGAGAAAAAGAUAGCUCGUUUGGAUGGUGAACUUGUGAAAUACAAAGAUCAGAUGAAAAAAAUGCGAGAGGGACCGGGCAAGAAUCAGUUGAAGCAAAAAGCUCUACG